GCGGGGAAACAGAGCGGGGGGGGGCGGGCAUUUAUGGUUCAGGGACUAGAAAAAGGGGGAUGCUGAGCUGCACAUGCACCGUUUGCAUAAAUCUGAAUUCAAUAGGGGAAAAUAUUGUGGCUAGGGAAAUCCCCCUUUUUUCACAGCAACAGCAUGAGAAAAAGAGACGUUUCUUUUUUUUUUUUUUUUAUUACUCUUUGCCAUGCUGAGACACAACAACACUUAGGUUGCAGCCCAAACUGGUUCCUGCCUCCCUGUGUACAGUGAACAGCAGCACAGACGGCGUGACGUCCGCAUCAAGCCACAGAGCCCCCAAACUGACGUUCAGAAUGAACACAUAAAGACAGCAAUGGCUGCUGUUUAUCUCCACCCCCCGCUGCCCUUAGCAUUCUAGACCUCUCACAGAGAAAAGACGAUGGGCUGAAUGAGGAAGCGAGGAAGAAAAAAAAAAAGAAGAGACAAAAAAACAGGGAAUCAAGAGAAGUACUGGGGGCUGGGAGGUGGGUGAGGGAAGACAACAUGCGAGCACGUGAACCAGAUGAAGGAGCUGCGUAGGAGGAGACGAGCAGCGGCAUUAAAUUUUUAAAAGAAAAGCAGGAGGAUGGAUCGCUGGAAGAACCUGGUCAGAGCAGGACUGUGUGUUCACUUUGUGCAGAGCAGAGAGGACUGCAGCUAAAUAUUCAACUGCCCACUUCUUUUUCUUUCGGCGGCGGCGGCGCCGUCAGCAGCACAGCAGCUCAUUAGCAUCUAGCCCCCGGGGACAAUGCAGCAAACACAGAGAGACGGCGACACUGGAUUGGAGACACAUGAUCUGUUGCAUGAAGACAUGCAUGCCCUGAUUAUUUCGAGCUCUCGGGGGGAAAAAAAAAUUCCAUUUGCAGGUGACGAAGCUGCACCAAUGGAGGAUGCUGAUCUGGUUUUGUCACGUGUCAAAUUAACAAAGAUCGAGGUUGGAUAUGAUUGCAGUGUCACUAGUGGUGAGCAGGGACAUGACAUUUCUCCUCAUCGCAUCAUGCAGCAGUGACAGCAAGCCACGAACAGAGUUGGAUUGUGAUGCAAAUUCAAACGCUGGUUUACAGGUUCAAAGGGGAAACCUUCAAAGGUGAAAUCUUCAGCUUCAAAGUCUCCGUCAUCAACUGUUGACAAGAGACCUUGUCAGCCUACCCAACUCGAGCGCCGUAGGGGAGACCACACCAUGCAGUGGAGACGACGCCACUGCUGUGCGCACAUAGUCAAAGCUCUCUCAGUGCUCGGCGUGUUGGUCUUUCUGGUCCACCAAGUGUGGCAGCCCAGGCUAACAGGCAUGCCGUGGUGGAAAGGCCACCCAGUGGUGUUUGGAGGAGACGGACUUCAAAUCUCCAAACCUACAGUCAACAGCAGUUCUAAAGAUGUCAUAUGGAAAUCUGUCAUCGUUCCACAGGAGACAGUAAAAACAGAUUCAAAUGUCUCCCGGGAAAACGAAAUCGAUUUAAUCGAGAAAAACACGACGAGCAACAGCAGCCAAAACGCGGAGAGGAAUGCGAGAAGCGCGGGUAACGGAUUCUUCCCUUAUAUCAUCAAUGAACCAGACAAAUGUGCCAAACUGAAUUCUCCAUUUCUGGUUUUACUGGUGACUACUGAAGCUCGGAAGGUAGAGGCUAGGAACGCCAUACGCGAGACCUGGGGAAGGCAGAGCGCUUUCCAAGGUCUGAGGGUUAUCCGGCUGUUCUUGCUGGGGAAAACCGAGGGUGAGCUAGGACUUAUUCAACAAAAAACACUUGCCACAGAGAGCCAGAGGCAUCACGAUAUCAUCCAGCAGGACUUCAUGGACACCUACAAGAAUUUGACUAUCAAAACAAUGAUGGGAAUGAAGUGGGUAGCAACGUUCUGCCCACGCGCCAGCUACGUCAUGAAGACCGACAGCGACAUGUUUGUCAACACCGAGUAUCUGAUUUAUAAGCUUCUUAGGCCCGACCUGACUCCCAAGAAGAACUUCUUCACAGGGAACAACAUGAGGAACUUCUCACCCAACCGCAAUCAAGACAGCAAAUGGUACAUGCCUCGCGACUUGUACCCAAAUCCGAGGUAUCCGCCGUUCUGCUCCGGGACUGGUUACGUUUUCUCCGGAGAUUUGGCGAUGAAAAUCUACCAGGUGUCUUUAACUGUCCCUUAUUUGCAUCUGGAGGACGUGUAUGUGGGAGUAUGCUUGGCCAAACUUCAGAUUGAGCCCACGCCGCCACCAAACGAGUUCCUGUUCAACCACUGGAGAGUAUCCUAUUCGAGCUGCAGGUACAGCCAUCUGAUAACGUCACAUGGGUUCAAUCCCAACGAACUACUGAAAUACUGGCAUCACUUGCAGAACAACAAACACAAAGCAUGCCUUUACCUAUAUAACAAGAAAGCUUAAGCGGGAUUAAAUUACAACGAGUGAAAGAAGUGGACAAACGAUCCUGGGCGACUAAAAAAAAAAAAAAAAUUCCACCAGCAACAACACAACAGUUGGGUAUUUUGUGUACAGUCUGUAUCAUUCCUCAGAUGAAGAAAAGACAAUUUUGGUGAGGCUGUACAAUAAUCCGAUUUUUGGUAUGUGGUGAUGGUGAAUUACUUGAGCAAAUAUUCCGUAAAUACAUUUAAAAAAAAUAAAAUAAAACACAACAUAUUGCUUUUUA